UGGGUAAAUCAUAGGUGAACUGUAGUUGCUCCCACUUAAAUCUCAGACAGAAUGAAGUUCCUUGUGGUUUGUGUUCUCGCUGCCCUCGUCCUGUGCCAGGUAUCCUCGGCUUUUAAGAUAAGACGGGUUAUCUAUGUAGUGCCAGCAACUACAGCUAGCCCAACCACCACAACCACCACUGAUGCAACAGCAGCCAAAUCAACAACGACGACAGCCGCUCCAGUGGUGAUCCAGCAGAUUGUGUACUGCACCUGGAAGAACAACUGGUGCCGACCCACCUCCUACACCGGAGGCAACUGCAAGUGGGGCCUCUGCAAGUUCACCGGAUGAAUAAACCUCCUCCUCCUUGAUGUUAAAUAAUAAAAAAAAGAUAUUGUAGCACAAA